UUAACGUGUUUUCCUGAGCAGAAAGUGAGAGCAAAUUCCGAAAUAUUAUCAAAAAUGUUAGCUAAGAAUAUCGACAAAGUCACCCUCAACUAGCUAACACUCCAUGCUGACCUCCAGCGAGUGAUCGCCGAAGGCGAGUUACCUGUUAUAGUUUGAAUACCGCCAACUCAGCGGCUUAUUCUUCAGUACGCGUUUGACGUUGUUUCAGCUGGAGGAAAAUGGGUGACACUGAAGUUAAAAACAGAAAAGUGAAUCGCAACAAAAACAAAAAUGAAAAAAACAAAGAAAUUCCAAAUCCAGCUGUAGAUCCAAGAGAUGAGGGCGAUGGCGAAUCUACUCCUGAAGCUUUGCCGGAAGAAUUAACAGAGGAGCCUAUCCUUAAAAAGUCUGUAUCUCCAAAGAAGUCUGAGAAAAAACAACGAAAUGCUGGCAAAGUGGGGACUGCAACAGCCGGUCAAUCUUUGGCCGAUCUGCCCACUCUGUCAGUCACUUGUCACUUUAAUUUAUUACCAAUGAUGCUUUUUGUUGUCGCGUUGGCUACGAGAUUCUAUGCUCUGGACCAACCCAACAGCAUCGUUUUUGACGAGUUGCACUACGGACGUUAUGCUGGCCUUUACCAGAAACAGACUUUCUUCUUUGACUCGCAUCCCCCGUUGGGCAAACAACUCUUAGCCCUUGCCGGCUACCUGGGAGGAUUUCAAGGUGAUUUUAAAUUUGAUAAAAUUGGCUCACCCUACAACUCGAGCGUACCGGUUUUUGCUAUGCGGGCCGUCCCUGCUUUGACGGGCAGCAUGCUUAUUCCGCUCGUCUACAUGAUUAUGCUUCAACUCAACUAUUCGCAAUGGACAGCAGCAUUGGCAGGAUUUCUAUUUCUAUUUGACAAUGCCCUGCUGACGCAGUCACACUACAUGCUAAUGGAACCAAUCAUUCUUUUUUUCGCCAUGAGUGGAGUACUUUGCGUGCUGAAAUUUCGUGCUCUUGAGCGCAGUGGCAACGCCCAAGCCCAUUCUUAUUCUUUACGUUGGUGGGGUUGGCUCCUUUCUGGUGCCAUCUUUUUGACUUGUGCCCUAUGUGUCAAGUACGUCGGAGUGUACUCUUACCUACUGGGAUUAGCGCUUGUUGGCCAUGACUUUUGGGAAAAAGUAUUAGGGAACUUGUCGCUGACGAAGAAGCAAGUGUUUGGCCACGCCGUUGCACGAUUCUUUGCCUUCUUCUUCGUUCCACUUAUGGUCUACAUCGGCAUUUUCUACGUUCAUCUAAGCACACUUAUCAAUGCUGGACCUCACGACUCGGCAAUGUCUUCAGCUUUCCAAGCUAGCUUGGAGGGAGGACUCAGCUCUAUCGUUCGUGGACAGCCUUUGGAAGUCGUUCAUGGCUCGCAGGUGACUUUGCGACACGCUCACGGCUCACCCUGCUGGCUACACAGUCAUGCGGCCAACUAUCCUGUCAAGUAUGCUGACAAGCGUGGUUCCUCCCACCAACAGCAAGUUACAUGUUAUGUUGCAAAAGAUAUCAACAACUGGUGGAUAGUCAAGCGACCAAACAGGACUGAUCUUGCUGUUGCCGCUCCAUUAGACAGAAUUUCACACGGCGAAGAAGUCCAACUCGUUCACGGUAUCACUGGCCGCAAUUUGAACUCGCAUAAUGUGGCUGCACCUUCUUCUCCCACCAAACAGGAAGUAAGUUGUUACGUGGAUCACAACGUGUCAAUGCCGGCUCAGGAUGUCUGGCGAGUUGAAAUUACCAACCGUGAGGAGGUUGGCGACGUCUGGCAUGCUUUGGAAUCCAUGGUUCGAUUGAUUCAUGUGAACACAAGUGUAGCACUUGCCUUCUCUGGUAGACUGCUACCGGAUUGGGGGCACAAUCAGCAUGAAAUUGUCGGUGACGUCAUGGUCAAUCAACCCAAUACCAUUUUCAAUGUCGAAGAGCAUCGUUACACGCGCAACGAAGACGAGAAAGAUCGUCAACUGGAACUAAUGACCACCGACUUUAUCCCCCUGGAACCCGUUCAAAUGGGAUUCUGGGAAAAGUUUUUGGAACUUCAGAUUCGAAUGUUGUUCAUCUCUAACGAGAAUGUACAAAAUCACAUGUAUACAUCUAGCCCGUGGGAAUGGCUCAUCUUGACGAGAGGCAUCGCUUACUGGGUGUCGCCAGAAUCCAACGCUCAAAUUCACUUGUUGGGUAAUAUCUUUAUCUGGUAUUCGGCAACUAUCGCCCUUGCAGCUUAUUGCAGUCUACUCGUCUUCUAUCUUUUGAGGCAACGUAGACAGUGCUUUGAUAUCCAUGAAGAGGCUUGGAACCAAUUCCGCACUACUGGGGAGGUGCUUCUCCUUGGCUACGUGUUCCAUUUCUUGCCUUACUUUUUCGUGGAUCACACGCUCUUCCUCCAUCAUUACUUACCGGCACUAGCCUUCAAGCUCCUUUUGAAUGCAGCUCUCGUCGAACAUCUGUAUUAUCUCACCAGGCUUAUAUUUGCCAAACAGUUCUUCAACUGGAUGUGUGUCCUCCUCGUCCUGACGUGGAUGAGUGGCAUUUUAAUGGUCUUCAACAAAUUUCUUCCGUUAUGUUACGGCCUAGGACCUAUGAACGCUACCCAAAUUCUGGAUCUGAAAUUGAGAGAAACCUGGGACUUUAUUGUGCACAAGCCUUAACAAAACUGUUAAACUUUCAUUUUUUAAAGAUUUAAUCCUAAGAAGGAUAUACGGUUUUUAAUUGAACCAUGUGCAAUGCAGUAUGUUUUGGGUGUAUGUUUUUUUUUUCGCCCGCAACAAAAGGUGUCCGUUUUAAUUAUGAGUGCCAAGUUGGCCUUCUGCUAAGGUUUCAUAAAGCACUUUCGGCAAUUGAAUACAUCUCUUUUCUAAAAUUUAAA